AUGGGACUUGAACCAAUCAAUCAAUCAAUACCACAAGUGUCAGCUGGUGAAAAGCUUCUUGCAACGAUGCUCACUCUCUCACUAUUCUUGCUCGACGCCUAUUUUUUCAUGAGAUUGCUUCGGAAUUCAGCAAUAUUUAUCAUUCUUAUUUCAUGCAUUAUUCCCUUAUCUUGCGCACUAUCGUGCCCUGAAGUCAUCUCAUCACAACGUCCGAAGCAUUGCAAAAAGGAAUGUGUUUCUGAUGAUGAUUGUAAGAAGCACAAACGAUGCAUGUGCGAUGGAGAAUGCGGACUAAGCUGUGUCAAUCCUGCUGCUAUGUGUCAUCCAUUACCAAAUAUUGAAAAUGGAUUUAUUCGCACAGCCGGAGAGCUGAGAUUUGGGUCAAACGCCGAGUAUGGUUGCAACAAAGGUUUCAUAUUGGUCGGUGCUAGUCAAAGAAGAUGCCAGGGAAAUAGGGAAUGGAGCUCAUCGCAGCCAGUUUGUCGACUGCAAUUGAAAUGUGGACCACCGCCGGAAAUUCCGUUUGCCGUGCACGAUGGCUCAUCGUUUUCAGGAGAAUAUGAUUUGGAUGCCGAAGUGACUUACAAUUGUAUUCCAGGAUAUCAUAAAUUUAAUGCAAAGGGUCUCUCAAUUUCAAAAUGCUUGCUUAAUCGAAAAAAUGUGGCGCAAUGGUUUGGGCCGGAUCUUCGUUGUCGCGCUCGCGCUUGCCCAGAUCCAGGUGUUAUUGAGAAUGGCGAGCGUGAAGGGGACGUAUUUGAAUACCCGCACUAUGUGAAAUUCUCGUGCAAUCCUGGAUUUUUGCUAGUUGGCUCCGCGACAAGACAAUGCUCUAGUAAUGGCGAAUGGACAAAUGAAGCAGCCGUUUGCAAACCCAGCGAAUGCCCUCGUCCACAAUCUCCAAUUCAUGGCAAAGUCGUUGGCAGUUCUUUAACGUACCAAUCAAUCGUCUCCUACUCAUGUGACCAUGGUUAUCGAUUGGCUGGACAAAUGCAGCGCAUUUGUUUGGCUGAAGGAAUUUGGGGAGGCAAUGAACCAACUUGUGAAGAAAUUCGAUGCCCCGCAUUUCCAUCUUUACCAAAUGGAUAUAUUGAAGGUAGUGAAACAGGAUUUGGGGCAGUAGCAAUAUUUAGAUGUCUUGAAACAAUGACGCAUGAAGGAGCCUCAAAGGCAAAAUGUAUGGAAGAUGGACAAUGGAGCGCACCAAUGCCUAAAUGUUUAGCAUCCUGCCGAGUUCCAAAAAUACCAAAUGGAAGAAUUCGAGAUAAAUCUGUUGGUCAGUUGAUAGCUUCCGGGGCAAAAGUGUAUGUUGAGUGCAACAAACAACACGAGGCUAACAUUGAUGAGAAACUCAUAUGCAACAACUCGACGUGGUCCCAUGUACCAGUCUGCAGUCCAUUGAGCUGCCAUAGCUGGCCACCAAGGGUGGCCCAUGCACGUAUUUUGUUCUCAAAGUCUUCGCACGGUUCAAUAGCAAAGUAUGAAUGCAUGAAUGGCUAUCAUCCAAAUCAGCAUAAUCAAAUUAUAAAGUGUUUGUAUGGAGAAUGGAUAAGAGAGGGACCACUGUUAAAAUGCCUGCCAAGUUGGUGCGAGCAUCCCAGCAAAACUUAUGGAAGCUUCCCGGGCGGUCAAAUUCUUUUAGAGGGUAUUUUGGGAGCCUAUGAGUUUCAAAGUUAUAUUCAAAAAGUCGAGGAAGGAAGGGCGAUUAGUUUUCAAUGCAGCAAAGGCAACUAUUUAAUUGGCGCUCCAAAAGCAACAUGUGUGAAUGGCGAAUGGAUGCCAAAACUUUCACCAAAAUGCGUUUCGCAGACGCACCCAAUGAUUGAAGGCAAAAUUUUAUGGGAUCGCCGAAAGAAGCGUAACGUCGAUGAAGCCGACACGAACAACUAUCGCUCAACUAUUGGGAAUUGCGCCACCGUGUUUGAUAAACCAGAGCGUCUUUUGAUGAGACAUUCGGAAAAUGGAAUAACGGUGAUUUGCAGGGAAGGUUACGAGUUUGCUAGCGAGGUGAUUGACGGUAAAUCAAAAUGUAUUAAUGGGCGUUGGGUUCCAGAAAUCGCCGAAUGUAUACCAAAGUCUUGCCGGGUACCAAUCCGUUUACAUGUGUUCUUUUUAAAAGCGGGAACUUCGCAAAUUCUUCAAUCCAAUGAUGUUGUGGAAGAUGGCACGAUUGCUCAGAUGGCAUGCCUUCGAGGAUAUCAUCUUAAUGGCAAUGGUAUUCUUGAAUGCUCGAAGGGUGUUAUCAAGGAAACGCUUGGUCAUUGCACUCCACAGGAAUGCAUUCUGCCGGAAAUAAUCGUUGGAAAGUACAGCACAACGAAUAACACAAUUAAGAAUGGCGAAUCGAUUGAGCUGAUAUGCUCGGAAUCGAAUAUCACAAUUUCAUGCUCGCAGGGAAAUCUUUCUCCGAAUCCAUCAUGCUAUGUUAAACCAGAGGAUAGAAAGUUCUGUGUGGCUCCACAAGAUUCGACAUCAGCAUUGAUCUAUCGGUACCAAGGUCUGAAGAAGGUUAUUAUUGAUAGCUAUCAAUCAGCAUACCCAAAUGGAACAGUUUUUCAAUUCAAGUGCAACGAUCGAGAAGAAGCUGGCGGAAUGGAGUGCAUUAAUGGUGAAUGGGUGAGCAACUUGUUGCCCUGUAUUCUCGGAAAUAUAUCCACGUGGAAAAUACCGCAUAACGAUGAGAUGUGCUCGCCGCUUGAGUUAGAGCCGAACCAGAAGAUUUUUAAUAUUGAUAAUUACAUAGCCGAUGAGAAUCAUAGAUUUCCACAUGGGACAAUUCUUCAUGUUGGAUGUUUGACUUCAACUCAUAUUGAAGAAAGCGUCGCAAUCAAAUGCCGACGUGGCAGAUGGGGAGUUAAGAAAAGAUUGAAUUGCUCCAAAAUCGAGACAACUUGUGAACUCCAAAUGAAUAUCAAUUCCCAUAUUGUGAUAUUUGACACAAAACGGAAGGAAACAGUUUUAUUCAAUCAACACUUUGAAAACGGCGACAAACUACAAUUUCGAUGUGUCAACAUCGGUACUGAACGCUUACAAGGCAAGCCGGAAUUGACUUGCCAUAAUGGAAAAUGGAGUGGAACGAUUCCGUAUUGUAUACCGAUUCACGCUUCAGCGACGUCGGUUCCCAUCAAAUAUUCAGUGACUCAUGGAACUCAUGCAAUAUCCCCAAAAGGAGACCUAGUGGUCUCAAGAGCUUCUAAUGUUCUUCUUACUUGUCUAACUGAGAAAACUGCCAAUGAUCCAAUGUGGAAAGUCACAUCAACCUAUCGCUCAUAUCCAACACAGUGGACAAAGGCAAAAACUCGCGAUCACGACGACAUUGAUGGAUUCGAAAUAAGCAUUGCUAGUGCUCAACCUUUCGACAGCGGAUUACUCCAUUGUGUGCUUCCAAAUGGAGCAAGAAAUACUUUUAAAAUACUCGUUACUGAAAAUCGUUGCGAAUUCCCUGGAAGCUCAACAAAUCUUCAUGUCCAUCUUUCAACAACUUCAUUAUUUGUUGGAACCGUGGCCCAAUUUUCGUGCUCUACUGGGUAUACCGUUGAAGGCAAUGCAGUCUCGACGUGCUUAGAAGAUGCCUCAUGGAGCCAUCCAGUGCCAAAAUGUCGCGCGUCACUCUGCCCUGUAUUAUUCGUGAAUGGUUCAAGAAUGUCGGUGUCUGUCACAUCAUAUAGAGUUGGAGGUGUCGCGCAUUUCAAAUGCCGCAAAGGUUACACUCUCGUUGGCGAGGCGAACCUUCAUUGCACUAGUCAAGGAACGUGGAGUCAUGAAGUGCCAAGGUGUAAUGUUGUCAAUUGCCCGAAAAUUCUACCGCCGGAAAAUGGGCAUAUAAUUGGAGAGCCUCGAGAGAGAUAUACAAAAGGCGAUAUCGUGCUGUUUAGCUGUUUCACCAACUAUAUGCUAACCGGCGGCGAUUUUAGCGUGUGUCAAGCCGACGGAAGGUGGAGCGAGAUCAAGACCAAGUGCGAUGGGUAUUGUAGACAUCCAGGCAGGCCGGACAAUGGAGCAACUACAACAAUUGCCAAAGAUUAUUACUCGGUUGGAGAGAAAAUUGUGUUCUACUGUCCAUCGCCGAAAUAUAAAUUAAGCUCUGACAACGUUUUAGUAUGUAUUUCGCCGGGGAAAUGGUCUAGGAAGCUACCAUUGUGCCUACCAUCAAGUCCAUAA